CACAUGGUCAAACCGCCACAGGCGGAAAUGAUGCUGGUCAUUUGCUCAUCAGUUGCCCCUCCCAUCCUGCCAUCCAGGCGCUACCACAUAGAAGGCGCCGCACUAUCCAUGGCGGACAAGGGAUGAUGUAGUCAAGUAGUGUACCUAAAUACCUGGGUACAUGCUGAGGACGGGAAGGCGCAAACAGGGGACGGCAGUGACGUAAUGUGCCAGGGCACACAACGACCGCACUCACGCCUCACACUCACUCACUCGUGCCUCGGGUCCUUCCUUCCCUGUCUGCGCUUGCUCUCAUAGCCCACCCAGCUCUUGCCUGGACAGACAGAACCUUGGAAGUCGGUUUGAGGCCCAGUCAGUCAGUCUCAGUCAAGGCAAGGCAAGGCAGGCCUGGAAGUCUGGGAGCACCCACCCUCGUGCGGGUACAGCAGCAGCAGCAGCAGCAGCAGCAGCAGCAAAACGUUUUGGUCACAGGUCUUGGUCACAAGUCUUACAAUACCUCCGUCCCAGUCUAGGAUCGUCGCCGUCACCGCCGUCGUGGGAUCCUGCAGUCGUCACCCCCACCCAUCUCAGCCCAUCUCAGCCCAGCCCAGAUCAGCCCGGCCCAACUGUCUCUACUUCUCACUACCUAGGUUCCCUUCAACAGCCCGUCCGUCUGGCGGAUCAUGUCAGUCCGAUCUACGCUCAUAUCAUCCACAGCUGCACAACCAGAACCGUCCAGACCCCAGACCCAAAACUGCAGAUGGAUGGGUAGAGCAUGACAAGGAGACAACGGAUGGGACACGCAGCUGCUGGGCGCAUCAUCUAAGAAGAAUCGAUCGACAGUCACAAACUGCCCAAACUCGCAUGGCUUCUCGUGCUGUGACCACACCAGUGGACGCUUGACUCUGCCCGCCAACUCUGCGACACUGCUGCCGCCACAACAAUCAUCGACUCUGCGAGAUUCCAAACUUCUUCCCCACCUCAAGUUGUCCCGGUGCUUUCAUCAGUAUAGUCGUCCGGUUUUGAGCAUCACCACAACAACAACCACCACCAACGUCCUCCCCUCUCAACCUACCGUCAGGGACUCUCAGGGCGGGCUCCACGGGCAUCGUGGGGACUCGUGCUGCUCAGCCAAGCCACCCAUGCCCGACCCGGACUUUGAGCAGCUCGCCAACGCUGGUCUGUCCGUCUUCGACCUCAACUCCGAGUACCUCGACACCAAGGACUGGUCCGAGACCCCCCUCGGCCCAUCGGCAGAAUGGCCACAGUCUCUCACAUCCUACGUCAGCCUUAUCAGGGCUCUGCCACAUCCCGCUGCUGUCUUCUGGGGCGCCCAACUCACUCUCGUUCACAACUUUGCCUGGGGGCAGGCCACCAGGUACCACAAGGGCCAGGGCCAUCCCGCAAUUGAGAAAUACCGGGGUGAGGCCCGCGGUGCCCUCCAGGCGGCAGUCACCGGCCGAACCGUCAGGAUAGCCGGUGACCUGUUCUUCCGGAACACCCCCGGUGAGGACUCUAGCGCAUCUGUGGUCAUUUGCCCUCUGCUCGAUGACAAGGGUCACCGCCAAGGAGCAUUUGCUCAGUCACUCGACGACCCCUCGUCGCAGCGCUCACUCGACAAUGAGCUUCUGGGCGGUGCCUCCGAUGUCGAGUCCUCGAGCGACAAGCAAACGUCUCAAAACAAUGAAUUCCUCGACAAGUCACAGGAGGACCAGGACGAGAUCCUCAGCAAGGCUGUACCCCCCGGCCCCUCUGACCGCCCUAGUGACAUGGGUGAUGCCGUCUCAAGGCAUGGCCGCAUCGACCUGAAGCAGAGCCAGCUCUUCCAGCGCUUUGCGGAGCUGUUACCCACUGGCCUGGCCAUACUGAACCAUAAUGCCGAGGCUGUCUUCGUCAAUGACCAGUUCUUCAGCCUGACAACAAAGAAAACCUCUCGCGAGUUCCGCUCCUGGCCCGAGAGCAUCGAUCCCCGCGAUUACGAGCGGGUCAUGUCAGAGUAUCGUGAGGCAUUCAAGGAACGGAGGGAUGUCAAGGUUGACUUUAGAUGUGUGUCGGGCGACGAAGGCGAGAGGAAUGACCCGGACCAGCCCGAGAACGAUGAGUGGCGCAUGUUCUUGCUCCGUCCCCUAAACUCUACGAGGACCUCGGGAUACAUCUGCGCCGUCGUCGACAUCACGGAGCUCAAGACGGCCGAGCUGGCACAGGAGCGUACGGCACACGAUGCAAAGGACCGCAAGCAGCAGCAGGAGCGCUUUAUCGACAUGGUUUCCCACGAGAUUCGGAACCCCCUGAGUGCCGUCUUGCACCUAGCCGAGGAGAUAAAAGAAACAAGCAAGGCCAUUAAGGACAGCGGGUCCCAGUCAGGGCAGAUCGCCGAGAUAAUCGAUUGCGCCGAGACUAUUCUGGUCUGUGUCUCACACCAGAGUGUUCUUGUGGAUGACAUCCUGAACUUCUCAAAGCUCGACAGUGCCAUGAUGUCGCUCGCCCCCAGCGCGUCGCAGCCCAAGUGGGUUCUGUCAAAGCAGCUCAAGGUCUUCCAAGCCGAGCUGAAAAAUAACCACAUCGGGUUCGAAUAUGCCAUGGAUGCUUCCUUCACCGAGCUCGGCGUCGACUGGGUGGUGGCAGACCUUGCACGCAUCAAGCAAGUGCUUGUGAACCUCAUGACCAAUGCUAUCAAGUUUACUUCGAGAACGAACGGGGACAGGACUAUUACAGUGACCCUGGCCGCAUCCGUUGAGAGGCCACGAUCAUACCCAUCAGAAGUGGUCUUCUUCGACGAUUACAAGGAAGAAGGGGACCAGACUCGAGGUUCGGAAUGGGGUGACGGUCCAGCCAUGUACCUCAUGGUCGCCGUCAAAGACACGGGCAUUGGCAUUUCUGCCCAAGACCAAGCAAAGCUGUUUGAGCGCUUCCGGCAGGCGACGCCCAAGACAUCCGAGAAGUACGGGGGUUCUGGGCUAGGCCUAUCGAUAUCACGGAAACUGUGCCAGCUACACGGUGGAGACAUUGGUGUAGGCUCUAACGAGGGACAUGGGUCUACCUUUGGCUUCUAUUUCAGGGUAAGGCGCGCCUCGCCUCCGCAGGACGGAGGCGGCACCGCCUCCGGGAGGAGCACACCUAUGAGACAGAGUUCUUCCGAGAGCAUACCCAUGCGACCACGCCUGCAGAGCCGCCAGCAAUCGUCAACACAGAGACCCGGGGUGGAGACGAUAGCGGAAUCAGCCUCGGGCGAGGAGUUGAAGGGAGCCCAAGAAGGCGAUGCAAUUAAUUGCAACAACAUCUCAAACAAGCCAGGACUCAAUCGAGAUACAGAGACCAACCCAACAUUGAUGGAGCCGGUGCAGCGUGCUGCAACCGUAAAUUCAGAACCGGCAAGAGAGGGAAGGGACACUGACAACACAACCGAUCAGCCGAACCGCGGAGGACAAACCCAGCUUCCCGGGACGGGGGAUAAAUCAAGCUUAUCGAGCGACCAGAGAGAUGGGAAACCAGGCGGCCAAGCUCCAGCGAAGAGGACUUUACUUCUUGUCGAAGAUAAUAUGAUUAACCAGAGGGUACUUAAGCGACAACUGCAGAACCACGGAUUCGAAGUCUUAACCGCCAACAACGGCCAGGAAGCCAUUGACGCCGUCGUGGACCGCGCCAAGCGGAAACGCGACAAUGCCUCCGAUGCUCAGCCACAAGAUGCAAGUGACCAUUUCUCAUGCAUUCUAAUGGACCAGGAGAUGCCAGUCAAGGAUGGCAACACCGCGGCAAGGGAGAUCAAAGAGUUACAACUCAAGGGCGAGGUCGGCAGGUCGCCUAUCCUGGGCGUGAGUGCGAACGUCAGGGAGGAGCAGACAAGAGUAAUGAAGGAGGCCGGCAUGGACGAGGUCAUAAGCAAGCCGUUCAAGGUCAAAGAUCUCGUCAAGAGGAUCGAUGCCCUGGCGGAAAAUAUUGCGGGCAAUUCUGUAUAAAGUUUGGAGGUUCAAAAACCGGUGGACAGCACGGUGCUACCAUAAUUCGACAGAUACGGUAUGAUCGUGGCCAACAUUGGAAGACUCUGACUGGCCUCUGAUGGCGCGGUAUUCAUCACUGCAGUUACUAUCUCGGGCGAAUGUAGUCUGAGAUCGUUAAAGUAAUUAAGAUCGAAAUUCUUG